GGCUCUACACAAUUCCGUCAGCCAAACAGAUCCCAUACUUGUGGCUAAGAGGAAAACGAGGAUUCAGGAAAAGAUAUUAUUUUGGAUUUUAUUACAUUUAUUAUGAGUAUUUAAUAGAGGGAAAAAUCUCACAUGCCACAAGUAGUGACUCAUAUAUUUCGAACCCUUCUAUAACUGUUGCAGACACAUUACCCCAUUCCAUUUCCCAUCAGUAGUCUCCUCCAAGUCGCCAAUAAUGCAAGAGAUGCAUAAUUCAUCCAUUUAUCUGUACGUUUGUGUUCCCGUAUGCUGAGAUGACUCCUCCUUUUGCAAAUGUUUGUAGGACGUAAUUUGGUAGUGAUAAUUACCUAUUCCAAGUCAAAGCCCCUUCUCCCCUCAAAGAAACCUGAUCAUUUAUUGAUUUAGAACAUGGCAUCCAUUUCGGCCAACUCUGAAGCUGAUCGACUGGCGCAGCUAAAGGCCUUCGACGCAACCAAAGCCGGUGUCAAAGGGCUGGCAGAUGCUGGAGUGAAAGAAAUCCCUCCAAUAUUCCACACGCCGCCUGAUAUCAUGGACAGCAACAAAUCAAGUGAUGACAAGAAGUUCACCUUCCCCGUCAUUGACCUCCAAGGCACGGCCACAGAUCUUGCCAAGCAGAAGGAAAUCGUCGAGAAAGUUCGAGAUGCUUCCUCCACUUGGGGGUUUUUCCAGGUCCUUAACCAUGGAGUUCCACUCAACGUUCUGGAGGAGAUGAAAGCCGGAGUCAAGAGGUUCUACGAGCAAGAUCUCGACGAGAAGACUAAGUUCUUCACACGUGACUACAGUACUAGAAAGGUUGCUUACAACAGCAACUAUGACUUGUACACCGCGCCGUUCACUAAUUGGAGAGACACCACCCUCUUCUACAUGGCUCCAGAUCCUCCCAAGCCCGACGAACUCCCUGUUGCUAACAGGGAAAUCCUGAUGGAGUAUUCCAAGGAGAUGGUUAAGAUGGGCUACGUGAUCUUUGAGCUGCUCUCGGAGGCUCUAGGACUUGACCCAAAUUACCUGAGAAAUAAGGAUUGCUUGAUGGGACAUUACUUGGUGUGUCAUUAUUACCCACCUUGUCCUCAGCCUGAUCGCACUUUGGGGUCAAGCAAGCACACAGACACUGAUUUCAUCACCAUUCUCCUACAAGAUCAAGUUGGGGGGCUCCAGGUGCUCCAUCAGGAUCAAUGGGUUGACAUAACUCCACUACCGGGGUCCUUGGUUAUCAACAUCGGAGAUUUACUUCAGCUCAUGUCCAAUGAUAAGUUCAAGAGCGUGAAGCAUAGGGUGCUAGCAAAUCGUAGCAACGGACCAAGGAUAUCGGUGGCGUGCUUUUUUAGCACCGGCCUUUUGCCAAACCCAACAAAAUAUGAACCUAUUGUGGAGCUGCUAUCUGAAGACAAUCCUCCCAAAUACAGAGGGACCACAAUUUCAGAGUAUUUGAUGUCUGCAAAGACCAGCAAAGGACUCGAUGGGGAGUAGCUUCUUCAUGAGUAUGUACAACUUGACACAACAAGGAAAUAAUAUGGGGAUCCAGUGUGACAAUGUAAUCGAGUUGCAGCUGAAAUUUAUACCUGGUCCCUUAAAUAAUGAAGUUUAAUAAAUAAAUAAAUAAUUUUGUACCCAAUGGAGCAUUUAUAGGGUUAAUUGCAUAUAUAGGAUGUCACUUGUGUAUUGUUGAACUUUUUUAAGUUGUAUUACGCUAUUGUAACCACUUUGAAUAAAUAUUCGUGGUCUCUUGUGUAUUAGUUAGCAAUCAUUUAUUUAAUAAUUGCAUAAUAUCUGU